GGCAAGGCGCUGUCCUUUCAGCACCACAAGCUCGGGGCUGCAGGAGGGAGGAUUCCUGCUUAUCCUCCUCUUCAAAUUGGCUUGAAUCUGCUCUGACCCCUAAGAGUGCAACACAGUCUGGAAAGAAAGGCAUAAGGAUGGUGAAGCUGAACAGUAACCCCAAUGAGAAGGGAACUAAGCCGCCUUCGGUUGAGGAUGGCUUCCAGACCGUUCCUCUCAUCACCCCCUUGGAGGUUAAUCACUUACAGCUGCCUGCUCCAGAGAAGGUGAUUGUGAAGACAAGAACAGAGUAUCAACCAGAACAGAAGAACAAAGGGAAGUUCCGAGUGCCAAAGAUUGCAGAAUUUACGGUCACCAUCCUUGUUAGUCUGGCCCUCGCUUUCCUUGCCUGCAUUGUAUUCCUGGUGGUUUACAAAGCCUUCACCUAUGACCACAGCUGCCCUGAGGGAUUUGUCUAUAAGCACAAGCGCUGCAUCCCAGCCUCCCUGGAUGCUUACUACUCAUCCCAGGACCCCAACUCCAGAAGCCGCUUCUACACAGUCAUCAGCCACUACAGUGUGGCCAAGCAGAGCACUGCCCGGGCCAUCGGGCCAUGGCUGUCGGCAGCUGCUGUCAUCCAUGAGCCCAAGCCGCCCAAGACCCAGGGCCAUUAGAGGCCUACCCCUGCCCAAAUGGGGGUGGUGGUGAUAGGGAAGGGGUCUCCCCCAUUGGCUAAGCCAAGCUUGAGUUACAAGACACUGUACUCCUGGGAUAUGGGGGUGGGGGUGGGGCAGGGGAGGGUGGGGGUGGCACUCUCCGAAAAUAUUGUGCACUGGAGUUGUCUGAAUCGAUAUUUCUUUUUGU